GUUUCAGGCCGGAGCCAUUUUGAAAACAUGCACUAACCUUUCACCUUCCGUGACCUGGAGGUCAUCAACAUGGCUGCCGUCGUGCUGAGACGAGCCGCGCUCAGCGGUAGGAAAAGUUUCACCGCGAUUUCUACGAUUCAAGGACAAGGAUGUCUCCAGUUUCCUCAUCACCAGUUCAGUACAGACACUCCGCAUCAGACUUCAGCUGAUAACACCAAUGUUGAAGCAGAAGACACAGAUAUGCCUCAAAGAAGGAUGGAGGAUCCUUACAAAGAAGAGGUCAAGAGAUGUAUCCUAUGUAAUGUUGAACUUUCAUACAAGAACCCCCAGCUUCUGUCCCAGUUCCUUUCGCCAUAUACAGGACGUAUCUAUGGUCAACACAUCACAGGUCUGUGUGACAAGAAACAGGAGGAGGUGGAGAAGCAAAUCAAGAAUGCUCAGCACCUUGGUUUCCUCCCUGUGAUGCACAAAGACCCCAUCUACUGGAAGGACCCUAAGAUUUUCUCAGCCCCAACUUUACAAGACACGGGGGUUGCAAACAUGAGGGAUGAGUCGGUGGAUAAUCCCCUCAAGGAUCUGCCCAAGAAGUUUAAGUGGAAAAGAAAUAAUUGAUGAUAGUUUUUGUUUGUAAAAGUUAAAAUUUCACCAUGCAGUAUGGAUGCAGCAUCAUGCAUGUACUUUAUCAAAGUAAAAGUUGUUUUGCCUUUUACUGAAACCCUACCACCACAUUACUAUUGUUGUUUACUUACCAUGCUAACAGUACUAGUAGAUACAUAACAUAUGUCUACAUACCUUGUUGAGGUAGUCAAAAGUAAAUCUAUCAGGAGGUGGUUCUGUAUUUGUCCUAACAUAGUUUUGUUGCUUACAUAGUUACACAACCUGCUUUCAAGUGCUCUUGACAUGCAUUAGCCUUGGGUAAACAUGCCUACUGUACUGAGUUUCCUUUGACGUUCAGUUUAAUACAUGUACUAGUUUACCCAAGGAGCUCCUUGGUUUACCAAUAAGUAUUUUUUUAAACAACAGUUGGCGCCAAAGAGCUAGAAAUGUAACUCUGAUAGUUCAAGUAUUGAAGACCAUUAAGUCAGAGUUGAAAAUAAAACAUUCAUAGC